UGUUUUUCCAAUUACACCGAUGUAUCUGUUGUAUCACGUAAGUCACUAAGCAACGAGAUAGAGAUGAUCAUGAUGAAGUGGAAGGAUCAAUUUACUAUUCUAACCCUAGACAACGAUAUCAAUGAUGACGAGAUACGGAUAUCACCACGUACUUUUAGGAAAGCGAAAUUAGAGCUAUAUGAGUAUAUAUGGCUUCGUUGCCGAAAAGUAAAACGCCCUUUCAUGCCGGUAAUAGAUACAUCGAUUCCGUACAAGUGUGUGAAGAUUAGUCUUGCGGCGCAGCAACACCUGUCUGUUGACGCUACCGCAAAGGUCCGAUUUUCUCAGAAGCCUGUUUCAAGGGCUGAAAUGAUAUUUCUAUGCCCUUGUGGACCUGACCAAAAUUCUGAUGGCAAUAUCCUCCACGACUUCAUCAACCCGUUCUUCCGAUGCGGUGGUCGGAUCGCUUAUACAGAUCAAUAUAUGACCAUACGAUCCCAAGGCCGUACCAUGAACUUCACAGUUUUGGCAAUCAGACCUCUUGAAUAUGGGCUUGUAACUUCCGCGACACAUAUAAUACUAACCAAAGUAAACCUCCCUAUACAUAAUUCAGGUGCAGAGGAGAGUCCAGCAGAGUAUGCACGUCAACUUCAGAAAGACCUUGAUUAUGUACAAUCAACAAAUUAUGCGGCAUCUAUUGCUAUGUUGUCUUCCAAACUCCAGAAGCUUGUUAACUUACUAGAAUGGUUGGAUCUUCCCCCCAUGUAUGAGCAAUUCAUCUAAUGCAGGGAGCUACUACCCAG